GCAUCACCCGACGAUACACAAACGAACCUGGGAACGCGUGCGCGCCGACGGUCCACUCUAAUUGCAAUCUAUUUUUAACGAGAAAGACACCUGUACAGUACAAUUACACAGCUUCUUACUGGCACGCUGCUACAGCACUUGUAUAACACUGCGCAUUACAUUAUUACUCCCAACUCCCAACGACCAGGACCAGGAGGGACAGACAGUUCCACAAACCAACUGUUUCAUCCCCAAUUACGAAUCCCACGUUCCCAGUUCGACAGACACAUUUUUGUCUUCCCUUGGACAUCAUCUACGACCUUCAUACACGACCAUAGACUGGCUCUCGCGACAAUAUUAAUCAAUCGCAUCUCUGGCGCAUUCCCGGCAUAAUAUAAUAUUAUAUCUUCUAGCAUCACAUCCAUAGAACGAUGGCUGCAGCUCUACCGGUCACGCCGGCGCUGCGAAAGAGGGUGCUCAAGGUGCUCUUCGUAUCGCUGCUCCUCGAUCUCAUAUCCUUCACGUUCAUCCUCCCCCUCUUCCCGAAACUCCUCGAAUUCUACCGCGACCACGAGACCGCGCAGGGCAACUCGUCCACCACCGUCCUCGCUAAGAUCUUCUCCGGCCUCAACGCAUAUAAGAACUCUUUCGCGAAGCCCAUCAACGACCGCUAUGACAUCGUGCUCCUCGGUGGGGCCCUCGGGUCGCUCUUCUCCUUCCUCCAGGCACUCGCCUCGCCCGUCAUCGGCAUCCUGAGCGACAAGUACGGCCGCAGGACCGCGCUGCUAUGGUCCAUGGUCGGCAACAUCCUCAGCGUCGCGCUGUGGGUCGCCGCGACGGACUUCCGGACGUUCCUCCUGAGCCGCGUGGUCGGAGGACUGAGUGAAGGAAACGUACAACUCGCAAUGGCCAUUGCGACGGAUAUAUCGGACGAGAGCCAGCGUGGCGCGACGAUGGCGCUCGUCGGCGUCUGCUUCAGCAUCGCGUUCACGUUUGGUCCUGCGCUCGGCGCAUGGCUCAGCACGAUCACAAGCGUGGCUGCGAACCCGUUCGCCAGCGCAGCCGCAUUCUCCCUCUUCCUCAUCGUCACAGAGACUAUCUACCUCUACGUCAGUCUCCCAGAGACCCUCCCUACAUCAUCUCCUCCCACAACCAACGGCACCGCAACAACCCCCACCGCCAACGGCAAACCCACCCCCUCCUCGAAACCGAAAACCACCCGCACAAACUCCCACACCCUCCUCAACACCACGCACUUCCUCUUCAUCCUCUUCUUCUCCGGCAUGGAGUUCUCCCUCCCCUUCAUGACCUACGACCUCUUCGGCCACACGUCCCGCGACACGGGCCGCCUCCUCGGCUUCAUCGGGCUCGUCGCCUCGCUCCUGCAGGGCACCCUCGUGCGCCGCCUGCACCCGCUCUCCGUCGUGAAAACCGGCGUGAUUGCCUGCGUCCUCGCGUUCACGCUUCUCUCGUUCGUGACCACGCAGCGGGGACUGUACGCCGCGGCGACGCUGUUGGCGGUCACUUCCGCGACGGUGGUCACGGGGCUGAAUUCGCUGUCGUCGUUUGAGGCGGCGGAGGGGGAGAGAGGGGUGAAGCUCGGGAAUCACAGGAGCUUCGGGCAGGCGGGGAGGAGUCUGGGGCCGUUGGUUUUCUGCAGUGUGUAUUGGUGGGCGGGCAGGGAUGUCGCGUAUAAGGUUGGAGCAGCCGGCAUGGUGGCCGUCUGCGCGGCGGUUUUUGGGGGGUUGAGGAGGCCGGCCGUGAAGGCGACGGUGGAGGCAAAAAAGGAGAUAUAAGGAGGGGAGCGUCAUGGAAAUUUAAAAGAGCUAUGGUUUGGGGGGAUUGACAAAUGGGUUGGGAUAUGGGAUGGGUAUAUACAUUGUUUUUC